CCGGGAUACGGGAUGGUAGAAUAAAGAAAAAACAGACGAAGACUAUGAUGCCGGUGAUUUAACCUGAUUAAGAAUUUACGAAUUACGAACGAAGACUAAGAUUUAAAGAAGCUUAUGAUUAUACGAUUACGACUUGAAGACUAUAAAACUUUUUAUUUACAUUAUUCAACAUGCCGCCGAAACGAGUAAAAGAUGAUGAUGAUUGUGGUGAACCAUCGCCGCGUAUUUCCUUCAAUGACUUAGAGAAAUCAAUGACGCCAUUUUCGGGUGAUGAUGCCUAUGGCAUCGAAACAUUCGUAAAAGAUUUUGAAGAUAUUUCCUCUUUAAUGCAAUGGAGCGAAAUAGAAAAACUCAUAUUUUCGAAGCGGCUUCUCGCGGGAACCGCCAAGCUAUUUUUACGUUCACUAAGUGGGACCACCACGUGGGAUACACUUAAGUCUGAGCUCCGUGAGGAAUUUGGUAAGAAGUUGAACAGUGCAACUGUUCACAAGAGACUUUCAACUCGCUGGAUGAAGAUGAAUGAGACUCAUCAGCAAUAUUUUUUACAUAUGAAGGAACUUGCAGUACUUGGGAAUGUUGAAGAUGAAGCCCUGAUGGAAUAUGUCAUCGACGGUAUUAAAGACAGAAGAUUCAAGGUGAAAAAUUGUUAUCUUAUAGUUCAGGAACAACAGAAACUUUAACUGGAAUAGCUGAAAAGGAAAUUUAUACAAAAGGAUCUUUCACAGCAAAAAUUGAAAUUGAUGAUUGUUAUUUUG